AGCUUUCUCAAUUUCAAAUUCCCAAGUAAAUGCAACUUGCAGACAACACAGCACUUAAAACGCACCAAACGGAGAAAGUACAAACCUCAAUCAUCCUCAAGGCCACCCCUCCUCCUCCUCCUUCGCCGCGGCGGCUUGGCCGAGCUCGCAUUCCCUUCGCCGCGUUGCAUUUCAAUUUGUCUAAGAGAAGAGAAUUUCCCGAAGAUGCCCACCUCUGCUACAUCCAAUCAUCCCAGCCGUCCGGAGGACUUGAUCGGGCGCCUGAACUCAGCUCACACUCCCUACGAGGCUAAGUUGAAAGCUUUGAGGGAUUUGAAGAACCAAAUAAUUGGGAAUCGUACUAAAAAGCUUGCUUUUUUGAAGCUUGGCGCCGUGCCCUCAGUCGUCUCCAUUCUCUCAUCCGCUGCUGCCGCGCAGGGAGGCGGUGGGGACAAUCGUGAGUUCUAUGAAUCCGUGUUGAUUCAGUCAGCUGCGGUAAUUGGGAGCUUUGCAUGUGGAUUAGAUGCAGGGGUUAAGGCUGUUUUGGAUGCGGGAGCUUUUCCCCUUCUACUGAGUCUCAUUUCUCAUCUCAAUGAGAAGGUUGCUGAUGCUGGUGCUCGGUCUCUUAAGUUGAUAUAUCAAUCAAAACGGGCUCCAAAGUAUGAAUUUCUUCAAGAGAAAAACAUGGAAUUCCUCCUUUCCCUGCUGAAUAGCAAGAACGAGAAUGUUACUGGUCUUGGUGCAAAUAUUAUUACCCAUUCCUGCCAGACAACUGCAGAGCAGCAGGCAUUGAGUGAAGCUGGAGUUAUAAAGAGGCUUGUUGGUCUUCUUGGAGGUUCUAUAAAUCAGAAGGAUGCUAGUUUAGAAUCUUUGGCUGCUAUGGUGAAGGAAAAUCCAGAAGUUUCUGCAAAGUUCAUGGGGCCUGAAAAUGGGAGGGCUCUCAAUGUUGUGAUUGAAUUGAUGAAGGAUAAGCAUCCUCGGACAAGGCUGUUAGCCUGUAUGUGUUUGAUCAGUAUAAGGAAUACUUCUACAUCUUAUCUUCAAGAUUCAGGAAUCAAGAACUCAUUGGUAUCAGUAUUGCUUGAGCUUCUUGAUGAUCCUGGUCCAGUUGGAGAUGAGGCGCCCUUUGUCUUGUCUAGUCUGAUAACUGAAAAGGAGGAUAUGCAAAAAAUAGCCUUCAACGCAAAUCUUAUUGAGAAGUUAUGCGAGCACUUAAAUGCAGGUUCUUACCAAGCCAAACGUUUGCAAGGGAUAUUUUUACUCCUGGGUGAUCUUUGCUCAAAGUUGGAAUGCUGCAGGGAUAGGGUCCUUGACUUACAGGUGUUAAAUUUCGUAACAGAAGCACUGGCUCAUGAUAGCGCUGAGGUGCGUACUGCUGCGUGCAAUUUUUUGAAGAAUGUUUCUCGCUCCGUCAAGAAUUUAAGCGCAGGUCAAUUUAUGAACGAAGCUGUCGCUGUUCCCUUGGUUCGGCUUUUGUGCGACUCCAGUAGUUCUGUCCAGAUUGCUGCUCUGGGAGCCAUCAGCAACAUAGUGGUUGAUUUUAUGGCCCAUAAAUCAGUACUCGUGCAAUGUGGAGGUGUCAAACAGCUGGUUCAGCUUUCAAAGUCAAUGGAGUCGGCGAUUAGGGUUAAUGCCGUAUGGGCCUUGAGGAAUCUCACUUUCCUUGUGAGCUACAGAUGUAAAGAAGAAAUUCUCUUGGAAUUAACAUCAGCAACACUAAUAAGCCUCAUCAAUGACCCUGAGCCUUCUGUUCAAGGGCAAGCUUUAGCUUUGGUUCGCAAUCUUGUGGAUGGUACUCUAAACUCCAUUAACUAUGUGUUUGGGGAGGAUGGCGCUGUCCUGCAUGCUAUUGCAAGGCAAUUGCGAAGCACUUCAAAAGUGGAAGUUCAGAUUCAAGGUAUGUACACCCUUAGCAAUGUGGCUUCUGGAAAUGAGCUCCACAAGGAAGCAGUAAUGAACCAACUUCUCCCACAGGCUGGCAAUGAUGCAGAAAAAACAUUGGUCAAGUUUUUGCAGAGUACUGACAGCCGGUUAUGCACAGCUACUCUUUGGGCUCUUAUAAAUCUUACUUUUCCUGGCAGUCCAGGCACAUGUCGUCGGGUUACUGAACUUCGGAAUGCCGGCAUAAUCACUCAACUAAAGAAUAUGAUCAAUGAUCAUUGUCUGGAUGUAAAGCUUCGAGCAAGGAUGGCUCUCGGACAGUUAAUGAUAUUUGGGUCUGUGUGGACAUGGUAUACCUCCAUCAAGGUUUAGGAUCAUCUCAAUUUUGCUCAUAUGAGCUGAGGUGUAAUGCAUUGGUUGUGAUCCUUGUGACUCAAAGCAUCUGGGAAGUUCAACUGAUAUGUUCCCCGGAGCAGGUCCCAGUUAUGCUUUUCCCAUAUGAUCCCUGUGAUUUAGCUUUUGUACUCGCCUUUUGCCUUAAUUUCUGGAAAUGCUUUCCUUUCUCCCCAUUUUUCUAGUCUUAUUCUUACCCCCAACGUCCAAGUGCUUCGGGGGGGUUGCGGUUUUGUACACUGAUCUGUAAAAUUAUACUUAAGUUUUGUUGAAGUUGUGGUUGUAAUUUCUAUUCUAUUUUUCUUUUUUUACCAGGAUUCUUGUAUGAUCAGGCUUGCAAAACUGUAUAUGUGAAAUACAGGCAUCAUGAGAGUGAUGCAGAGUGUCUGAAUCUUUUUGCCAUAUUUUGCUCUGAAUAUGAAGUGAAGCAGACAGCAGAGCAAAAUUUUGAACUUGUGUCAUGAAUGUCAGGUUUGCCCAAGCUGAAGCAUUGGGUACAA